ACAGAAGCGACUGGCAGUGUCAGCAGCCAUUGAUGCGCUUUAUCUCCAGGAGGACAUAUCGACAUUAAUUCUUGUUAAUUUGCUGUUUUCUGCGGACAGGAGCCAUGGUGUCUCACUCUCUCGCGCUGCCGAUGAUCUGCUUCACCACGUUAUGGGCGCUCGUGGGGGUCGUGGCUCCGUUUCUGGUGCCCAAAGGACCGAACCGGGGUGUGAUUGUCACCAGUCUCAUCCUCACAGCCGUCUGCUGUUACCUGUUGUAAGUAAACACUCUUC